AUGGGAAUAUUUAACGAACAAUCUUUAGAUCAUCCCUUUGCAAGGGGAAUUCAAGGAGCACCAGGAGUUGGAUUUAAUCUAACUUCAAGUGGGGAUUAUGAUAUGAUAAAUAAAAAACUAAGAAAUGUUGGUGCACCUAGUGCUAAUACUGAUGCUGCUACAAAAAAGUAUGUUGAUGAUAAUUCCACUGGAACACCCUCAACAUCACGACUAACAGUUGAUUCAAACAUUGAUAUGAAGGACCAGUACCGUAUUCUAAACCUCAAACAUCCAGUUGACGCAGAUGAACCAGCCACAAAACAAUACUCAGACAGUCGUUUUCUUGACAGAAAUGGUUCACGAACAAUGAUUGGCGAUCUAAGCAUGAAUAAUAAUAAAAUAAUUAAACUUGGCGCACCAACAGCUAAUGAUGACGCAGCAAACAAAAAGUAUGUUGAUGAUAAUUCCACUGGUACUCCCUCAACAUCAAGACUAACAGUUGAUUCAAGCAUUGAUAUGAAGAAUCGCUACCGAAUUACAAAUCUUAUCGCACCACAGGAUGCUAAAGAUCCAGCAACAAAAUAUUACGUAGACAACACAUUUCUUGACAGAGAUGGAUCUUACCCAAUGAAAGGAAAUCUUAAUAUGGACAACAAUCGAAUAAUAAAUCUGCCAGCUCCAGCAGGUUCCAAUCAACCAACACCAUUAGCUUUCACAGAUAUAAAGUAUCUCCACGUUGCCGGAACAAAUAAAAUGACUAAUAAUCUAAACAUGGAUAAUAAAAAAAUAAUUAACCUUAGACCACCAACAGCCUCCACAGAUGCUGCAACCAAAAAGUAUGUCGAUGAUAAAACUUCUUCUGGUGGAAGUAGUGGAAGCCCUUUAGAUUUAAGUAAUUAUUUGAAAAAAGAUGGUAGUGUUGCAAUGACAGGUAACCUAAAUCUUGGAAAUAAAAAAAUAGUUGGCCUCGCUACUCCAACAUCAAAUACAGACGCCGCAACAAAAAAAUAUGUGGAUGAUAAUAGUGGAAGUCCAGAUUUAAGUGAUUAUUUGGAAAAAGAUGGUACUGUUGCAAUGACUGGUAACCUUAAUCUUGGAAAUAAUAAAAUAGUUAACCUCAGUGACCCAACCACAGAUCAACAAGCUGCUAAUCGCGGAUGGGUUCGUAAACAAAUAGACCGCCUUGAUCAUCAUUCUGGAAAUGGAACAAGUGGUGUGUUUACUAUAACAGAACCAAAUGUAACAACAACCAUGUAUCUUCAAUAUAUCUCAGGAUCAUCCUUUGAUGAUUUUGUUUUAACUACAUCAGCACCUGGUCAACCCCUUGUAGGGUGGACACCAACUGCUAACACAUACAUUAACAAAAUAGAAUUUCAAUUUGGUUCGCGAAAUGUAAACGUUGACUUUUUGUGGUUUAUUCCAAGAGAUGACUCUAAUUACGAAUCUAGAUUUUGGGUAAGUGGAAAUCGCACUGGCACUUGGUCAUUAAAUAUUCUUAAGUCUUGGAGUUAUGAUAUGUCAGGAGUAAAACUACGAACUCUUAACAACUCCAAUCAUUCUGCUAUUACUUGCAGGGUAUUUACUGAACUACCAAAAGCAAUAACCAAACCACUUAAGAGAAUAGAAAUCAACACACCUAAAAUUGUAAUAAGUGGGGUUGUAAAAGCUGAUGUCAACCUUGGUGGUAAUAAAAUAGAGAAUCUGGGAGUACCAACCCAAGACACAGACUCAGUAAACAAAGGUUAUGUCGACAAUCUAGUUCAUCUUACUGCAAUUCAACCAAGUCAUUACAAAAAUGAGUUUGCUUAUCUCAUGUCAAGCGGGUCUCAAUGGACUGAUGAAAUAGAUGGUGGAAAUAGUUUUGGUAUAAGAAGUAUAGGAGAUUUACCACCAAACAAAGGAAACUUUCACGACUAUAAUCACAAAGUUAUUUACAUGACUAUAAACAAAAAUUCUCAAGGUAAAUUUAUUUAUAAGAUGGGAAUUAAUUUUUACAGACUAACUGCAAAUACUGAUUACACGUUGUGUUUGGAAAUACUCAACACAGAUUAUAAUCUUUGGAAUAAUAGUAAAAUAAGUGCUGACAAAGGAACUUCAACAGGAUUAUCAAUUGGAAAUUUAAGCGUAAAAAAGUUGUCCCAUAACUAUAGUGAUUUAACAGGAAAAACACAAACUAUGUAUUACCACAGAAUAAUAGUUAAUUUCCGGAAGUUGCCAUCUGGGAAUAAGUUCUUUCUUCACAUUUUGGUUGAUAUUCUUCGGGGUGGAUAUAACCUGGCUAAGUAUCCGAGGCAGUUUUUAGGGGUUUACCUAGUUGCUUAUGGUAUUAAGGGUACAUUUAGCAAUAUCGAUCCAGAUAAAGUUUACGACUAUCACACCGCAUUUGAUAUCAAACCAACAGAAGUGGUGUAUAAUGUUGAUAUUAACGCAAAUCAAAAAGAAAUCAAAAACGUUAAACUUAACCGGAGUGAUGAUGAUAGUGUAGCAACAGUGGCUAUGGUAAAUGAAGUAAAUACACUAACUAAGUACUCUUUUCUUAGGACGUUUUUUAACGAUUUUUAUGACUUUAGUAAUGCAAACCAGUAUGGAGUAAGAACUGGUUCUUAUGGCAUUGUUCUUACUUCUGUCAAGCCUAAUAUUACUUUACCCGUUAAUGUUGAUAUAAGUAGAGUAGGCCUUGACGGCCUUAAUAUUAAUGGUUACAGAUUUACGUUUACUCCCUCUAAUUCUCCUAAUUUAACUUUAUGCCUUGUUUUUGUUCAUUGGAGAAAUAGAAAUUUUAGUUUAAUAAAAAGAGACGGAUCAAAAACGCUUUAUACUGUAAGCUAUAAUAAAAAUAAUAACGUGUUAACCUUUAAUUUUUCAGGUAGUGAUAAAACUAUGGCAAUGCCAAGUAGCUUUCAUGGAAAACACAUUAUUUUAUGGCUUACAGAAUCUAGAAAUCCAGCUAUCACAAAGGUUAACAUAAGUAAUUAUAGCACCUCGCUUAUAUGGCGUAAUUUUUCCUACCCCGCAAACUUAAAGUUUACUUUUGAAUGCGAUGACGGGAUAAUGUUUAGGCUUAUGUAUUCACCAAACUUUUAUGACGUUAGAGGAAGUGUAUUCCACAAAGUAAUGCUACAAGAAAAACUACUUGGAAGCCACGUAGAAUAA